GUUUCAGAUGAUUGGAAGAAAAGAGAAGGAACGGGAACGUCCAUACUAUCGAGACCCAGAUGACCCUGAAUAUAUCAAAGAUUUGCAAAGACCGGCAGUAAUCAAAGAGGAUUUGUCAGAGAUGGAGAGACGGAAAAGAGUGCAACAGAUACUUGAAUCAAAAUCAUUCUGCCACGAGCUAGAAGAAGUUAUUCGUCAGGAGUGUGAUACAGCACGUACGGAUCCGGAUCACUUGCAAGUACUCCAGAAACUUUCGGACCUCACAGUUCCACAAGGAAACAUGUCGUUUGGCAACCUUCACACAUAUGGUGGAAACACCAUUGCAAUUGCUGAUCUUCGUGGAAACGAGAAGUAUUCAAAAGCGGAACGUAUCCAGAGAAACAAAUUGGCAUGCUUGUUUCGACUAGCUGACCUGUUCCAGUGGUCACAAGGGAUUCAUAACGAAAUCUCGUAUCGAACCAACGAUGAGGAUAACACUUUUCUGAUGAAUCCAUUUGGUCUUCUCUACCAUGAAAUCACUGCUGCGACCAUCGUGAAGAUAGAUGAAAAUGGAAAAAUUCUGGAUUGCGGGACACUGAAAGCUGGAGUCAACCAGCCUGCGUUUCUUCUUCAUUCUGCAAUUUACAAAGCUCACCCAAUGGUCAGAUGCAUUCUUCAUAUGCACACGGCAAUUGUGGCGGCUGUGGCUAGUAUGAAAUGUGGUUUAUUGCCUCUAUGUAAGGAAGCAAUGGUGCUUGGGCCAGUUGGAUAUCACGAUUAUCAGGACAUUGGUGAUGAUGAUAUUCAAUUUGACGAAAUUAUUGCAAAUCUUGGAGACAAAAACGUCCUUUUCCUCCGCAAUCAAGGAUUCCUUGUUGUCGGUGACACUAUCGAGCAUGCCACUUUUCUAGCCAACAACACUGUGAUAGCAUGCGAAACUCAGGUACGUGCCGCAAGGGCUGGACUUGACAACCUCAUCAUUCCGGAAGAGAAAGCAAUACAAAGAGCGUUCAGAAAUUCUCGAAAUACGAAUUCCCUGAAACGAAAUGGAACAGUUGAUUGGAGAGUCGGAGAAUUAGAAUGGGAGUCUUGGAUGAGAGUGUUGGAUCAUGCGAAUUUUCAAACCGGGCACGUCUAUCGUCAACCACAACUGCGGCCCAAAUCUGCAAUGUCUACGUCAAUGGUGAACAACAAUGAUGUUGCUGUUCCGCCAACUACAUCAGCUUAUGGACAAAUUGAUGAAACAAACUUGGAAAGUGUAUCUGCACAUCGUCUGGCUUUACUGCGCAAGGAGCAGGAGCGGGUUCGUUGGAUGAACAGUCCAAAUGCAUAUCAGAAGGUUGAAUUUUUGGAGUAUGGAGCAGAUAACCCAAAGAAGAUAACUAAAUGGGUUCAUGACGUCAACGUUCCAUCCGCGAGUGGAACCCCUGUCAAAAUCAGCAGUGUUCAUCAAUUCAGUCCUGCGUCUUCAAAUCCUAAAGAAUUUAAAGAAAAACAAAAAGCUAUCAAAGAAAACAACAGACUGGGAACUCUUUCUGCUGGACCACAAAGCCAGAUUUUGGACAGUGUGACAUAUGAAGACAUUGCACUAUUGAUUAAACCUGAUAAUGACGGAACAGUCGGACAGAGCUCGACCGCUGACCGAGCAAUACUUAUCGGAACUGCCAGCAAGGGAAUCAUUGAUAGGCAAUUUCAGCAUCAUGCUCAGGUGUACCACCAAAUCUAUGCGCCGAAUCCAUUCUCUGUAGAAACUGAUGCAGACAUCAAGAAAUAUGUAGACAUGGUGAAGGCCAAGAACUCGCAAAGCGCUCCUGUCUCAGCGAGAAGUGGUUACUCUCAAUACGAUGAGGUUGAAGCUGAUACAGUUUCCUUAAUGCAAGGAGUACGAGAACAUAAACUUUCUCAAGCGGCUCUGAGCGCAUCUGACGACGGCCUGAAUGCCGGAAUCUCCCCGAAUAAUGUCCGAACUUCCGAAGAAAGCGUCAAUACGUCGUACAUGAGCCAGUCAGUUGUGUUCGAUUGCGAUCACCCUUCUCCGAUGUCAAUUUCGACAGAGUACCCUGAAAAAGUUAAAAUGACGCGAUUUUCGUCGACUCAAGGAACAAGUGAAGGCAAUACAACGUCUCGAUCGUGCACUACAGCGUCUGAAGAAGAAAAGCCUACAAAAGAUGAGAAAAAGAAGAAAAAGAAAGGAUUUUUGUCAUUUAUGCGAAAAAAGGACAAAUGAAAAAUGAGAGUUUUGCUCUCACCUUGCUCUCACCAACACGUUCACAUCACUUAACUCUAACACUUUUCGAUAACUUUUUCUAUGUUUUCUUUUCAAUUUUCAGAUCCGGAUAUACUACGCCCAAUUUACCGUCAAGAAACAUAUGUCUAGUCUCUGGACUUUUCUUUCUUUCCCGUGAACUUUCAAUUCCGGUUAUGGAUAAUAGCAACACUCUGUGCUUUGUCUUUUGUUUUUCGAAUAUUUUUAAAAUGUCAUUUUGUACGCAUAUUUUUUUUAUAUUAUGUAUUUGCAUUUCCAUCAAGUUUUUUAUACUUUCAUCUAUAAAUAAUUAUAUUAUA